AUGGCCACAGAUACCUUUUGUCUGAAGGAGGAAGAUAUUAUUCGUUUAAUGGAAGCGUAUUUAGACCAAAGAGGUCUUCAUAUGACGCUGGAUGCGUUGGAAAGAGAAACAGGAGUAAUCCAUUUCGAGUACCCGAAAGAAACAUUGACUUUAAGACAAUGUAUCGUGGACGGACGUUGGAGAGAAGCUAUAUCACACCUAAGAUCUUUGCCUAUAAAGGAAGAAGAUCUGAAGUUCAUAAUAUUUGAAAUAAUGAAACAGAAAUAUGUGGAACUCAUCUGUGUUUAUGAAGAGCUGGGUAAUGAAUUAUACGACGAUUUGGGAAAUGCAAUUGCAAUCUGCUUCUCAGAACUCUCUGCUUAUUGUUCAUGCCCUGUAGAGUAUGAAAAUCUUAGGAAACUUGCAUCCUUGACGAAACUUUCACAAGACCCUAAAUUCGAGGACUGGAAUCCUUUCGCAUCAAGGCGGAAAUGUUUUAACACUAUCUACUCGGUUCUAGUAUCAGAAGACAAUCUAUAUCAAUUGGAAAACAAUAGCGAAGAGAACAGACUAUUGGAUUUGUUAGUGAAGGGAGUACUGUAUGAGUCUUGCGAAGAAUAUUGUCAACUGAAAGCCAGUACUAAAUCCGAAUCCGCUACAACAUUCAGAUUCGGUUCCCUUGUCCAGUCUACUCAGACCGUGGGAUCCAACUUGAGCUUAUAUUCCUGGCUGCAGUCUGUCCCAUGGAUUACCAUGACUCACAGUUUCGUACAUCGAUUUCUCAGGGUGGAAGUGGACAAAAUAGAAAGACCUGAAAUGAGAGAAUGCUGGACAGAAAAAAUUUUACAAAGCGCCAAAGAAUUUGCCCCUUACCUGCAAAAUGAAUUACAAAGGCCUGACAGCUCAAGCGAGAACCUAAAAAGCAGGUUUUGGAACAAGAGAAUUAAGGAUAGCAUGAUUGUUGAUGCUUCUGAGAUUCUGAAACGAGCUGAAGAAGUGGUAAAUCGAUGGAAAACGCGACAAACUCAACAUUUAGAAAUUGACAAACGUAUUGGCCACGAUACUAAAAUUUCGAACUUACCUGAAGGGAAAAUCGAUGUCCAUGAUCAACGUCCUCCACAGCAGACAUCUAUUUCUGCCAAAUCUUCGGAUCUCAUUCCCGUUAUAGAAAGUCUUAAUGAGUACACCUCUACCAUUACUGAAAUCGCCCAUAACCAUCGUAUUUCACAGCAAACAUUUCCUACUGAUAAAUCAUCGGACUUUCCUCACUCUGACGAAGAAAAUAUAAAUGAAUAUAUUUCAUUUCCUGAUCCUCACCUUUCCGCUCCAGAGCAAUCAUCCGUUCCUCAGAUGCUAUCGGAACUUCCUCCUAUUUUGGAAGAAAAUCUUAACGAAUCUACCUCAAUUAUUGAUGAAUUUAGCGUUUUGCAACCAAGUAUUAAUACAGAAAUUAGCAGUCUUAACACCAAUUCGGCAGAAUCGCAGUUACUGGCAGACCGUUUUGGUUGUCCAGUAUGUAGUGUCGUAGAAAAUGACAAUUUUGAUGUAGAAAAUGAUUUUAAAGAACAUGAUACAAAACACCAACCUGAUCGAGGUGAUGUUUCUGAUCAGAAACAAAGUAUCAGAGAUCUAAUACAUGCUAAAUUAAAGCUGCGGGGUAACCUGCUUAAAAUUCUUAAAGGCGAAUUUCCAGAGAAGGCUGAAAACAACUCAGCAAAUGAAUAUUCUUCUGAAAUUAAGCAACAAAAUCAAGUACACUCUAUUACUGCUGCUGCAGAAAUUCCCAGGAUAAACUGCUUCAGCAAAGUCACCUAUAUUCCUCCAUUUUACAUGCAACCUUAUUUAUUAAUAAAAGAUUCUGGAACAUUAAAGAAGUUGUUCUCGACCGCAAAUGAAAGUGAUAUACAUCGACAAUCGACAACAAUUUCAUCAGAACGAAAAACGAAAGUAACUUCAUGUCGAAAUUUAAUGUCACCUACAGACAAGAAAAGUGAUACCUUUGACAAAGUUCCCUAUAAAGCUAACAACUUUGUCUCUAACAGAAGAGAUGAGGGCUUAAAUUUUGUGCGGCGUUCACGCCUAGGUCGGAAGUCAUCUCAGUUGUCUAAAGCAGCGGUCGCCAACAGGUGGUCCUUGAAAAUUUUUUGA